AGGUCCUGCUCUCCCCAGGAAGGUGAAGACCCACGAGCUGCAGAAGAGUUUCCAAGCACCCUGGCAGCUGAGAAGUUAUACUGGGCAUCAUGAAUGUCAAUGAUUUUGUAAUUCUCCCAGGCUCAAAAGCUGGAACCUCAGUGAGAUUAAAAACAAAAACUGUCAAGGAAUUGCAGUUGGAGAAAGCUCAGUUAGAAACAGAAAACAAAGAGAUGGAGAGAAGAUUAUUGCAGCUGCAGUUAAACAUGAGCAGAGAAAAAGAAGAGAGGAGGAAAUUAGGUGCUUAUCAUUGGAAAUCUGGGCAGGCAGGACCAAGGACCCCCCAAACCCGAGCUGUGGCACAAAAUAAUGAAAACAGGAAGAAGGUUUCUCCACAAAGAGUGAAGUUACAAGUACUCAAACAGACUGAAGAGCCAGUGAAAAAACCAGUUAAGCCUAAAAGAGGAAAUCCUGUAGCUCAUGAAAAGUUGGGAGUGAAGGGGGUGGGCUACAGACCACCUGAAAUUAAGGGUGGGCUGCUGGAACCAGCCCCAGCAUCAAGCAGUGCAGGCCCUGGGAAGCAGGACAGAGGAUUGCUGCUGAGUGGUGCCUUUGAUGAGAAGGCAUCUGCAGAGUCUUUCCAGGAAGCUUUGCUUCAGUGGAGGAAGGGUGAAAGUGAUCCUGGAGGAGGUCUGUGUGCCACUGAGGCCCCACCAGAACCUGUGGGGAGUUGUGAGGUGCAGACCAAUGUCAGUGCUCUGAAGGAACCCAUCCAUGUGGAAUUCCAGAAGGAUGGCCUGAGCUACAUGGAGAAACUCCUGCUGAAGAAAUACAGAAGAACUCCAGUUGAUCAAUUUUUUGCAAGUUGCAUGAAAGAUUCAAGGCCUGUGCAAGCCCAGAGUGUUCAACAGGAUGGGGCUGAAGGAGGAGGACAAGGAGAUGAUGAUGAUGAUGGCAUUGAGGAGUUAACAGAUGAAGAGGUGAAGAAAUACUGGGCAUCUGUUUAUAGAGCUGAAGAAUCCAACACUGUUCCUGAAAGUGCAGAGUCCUCUGUGAAAAUUGAGUUCCUUGAUGAUUCUCAGAGUGAGGACUUGGAAGAAUCUUCAGACUCUUCAGUAGAGGAAACUGGAGAUGAGGGGGUGAAUAAGCAAGGAAAAACUGACCCACUGGAGGGUAGAAGAGAUCCUGUUUGUCCUAAAGAAAUUUCUCAAGAAAAACCGAAUGUCUGCAGUGAUCUUGAAAUAAAUGCAGUGCAGGAGGAGAGCAUUGAACCAAAGGCUGGGAGAGGAUCCCUGAGCUCCUGUGAACCUCCUGAGGAGAUCUCUGACCCCACUGAAGGAGUGAGCAAGGAUCUCACUGGGACUGGACUGAGGAGCAGCAGAGAUCUGGAGACAGAGCUGCAGCAGGGCAGGACAGAGCCACAAGGACUGGGCAGGGUCUGCAGCACUCAGAGCUUGGUCCUGCCUGGCACUGCAAAAUCCUCAGCAUUACAGGAUGUAGCCAAAAGACAGAAAUGUGGUUCUACAUCAUAUCAGGGACUUGAAGGUUUCUUUGUUGUAGGUGCAAACCCUAAACAAGAAAAGCUGGAGGCACCUUCUUCCCUGUCUGCUGCCUCCAGCCCUAGGGACUGGACAAUCCCUUUUCCAGGAGAGGAGCAGUGGGUUUCUGAGAGGAGCCUGAGUGAACAUGCUGAUGACUCUGUAGUUCAAGGUGUCUUGGAAAGUCAGCUGAGCAGAGCUGCAAAUGCUUUCCAGGCUCAAAAUCAACUUUCUCAUCUGAUGGCAGCGUGGAUGCCAUGGUCAGACAUUUCAGGCCAUGAAAAUAAUUCCAGCUUAGCUUGUGAGGAUGGAACCUCCUCCAGCAGAGCCAUGGAGAUCUCUGAAAAUGCAGAUUUCCAGAACACCUUGGAGCUGGAAGACCAUGACACAUUUGAUCUUUUUGGGGACUGGGAGGAAAGCCAAAUGGAUGCUGAGGAAGCAAUUCUGGAGGACAAGCAGCAGGUUCUGGCAUUGCAGUGAGCAUGGAAAAGUCAGCUCUGAAUCCACCUUUGGAUGGUUCAGAACCAAGAAUAUCAAGAGGUGUUUUAAGUUCUGCUCAAGACAUCAUUUACUAAGGAACAUUCUGUGAAGUUAUCAUUAAAACUGCUUAAAAAUAUGUUGAUUUGUCUUUUUAAAAGUUCCUACUAUGAAGAAAUAACAGAAUAAAAGAACUUCUAUUGUGCUGCUAUGUUUAGGAUUGUUUUAUUUAUUGUUUUUAAUUCAAUUUAAGUUUUCUCAUCUGCAGGUGGAAUUUUGUGCCUCCAAAUGUGAUUUUAUGUGGCCAGGCAGGAAGGUGGCACACCAGGGGUAUUAAUGGGAUAAAUUGGGGUUUCUGUAUGAUCAGGUUUGUGGUGAGAAGCACAGGAGAGGAGUCUAUCUGACCCUUUGUCACAUGUUUCAGAAGGGACUUGCACCUUGCAGAAUAGAAUUCAACAGCUUUCCACUGCACAUUUAACUUCUCCUGCCACAUUCCUUUCUUCCUAAGGGCAGCAGGGAGCCCAGAGCAGCAGCAAACCUCUGCUCAGAAUCAAUUGGGAGUGAAUUCCCUUUCUUUCCCUGCUCCAAAAUUCCAGUUCAGAGCGAUCUGAGUCCAGGCAAAUCCAGCUGUGCUGUAACUUACUGCCUUACAGGCCUUUGAUAAUUAAAAGAACGAAGAGGAAAUGCAGCUAAACUCAUCCUGGGUGGUUUGAAUUUUAACAAACAGCCCCAAGUGUCCUUUUGAGCUUGCUGUAUUUGUGUUGUAUAAAAAGCUUUUUGCUUCCUCCUCCCCAGAAAGUGUAAGGUUUAAUGCAAUGAAUAUAAUUUCUGUAAAAGGUCAUUUGGCCAACGUGGUGCUUUGAUGUAAAGAGGGUUUGGGCUCUUGUUGAGGAGAUGCUUAAUUGUACCCAGUAAUUGAGUGGCUUUGAAAUUACCUAAAUGGUAUCUUUUGCUAACAUCUGUAGGAUUCUCAGACACAGCAGCUUGCUUAGCUUGAAAAAGUUUUCUUUCCCUUCAUGUGCCUGACUCUCCUCCUUUUGUUUCCUUCACUGUGGUUUUUAGGGAAAAUUUCCCCCUUCUCCCCUGGUUUUGAUAAUAAAGGUGUAUCAAAAGC